CGCGCGCCUGCUUGCACCCCCUGCCAAGGGCCGGGGCCGGCCGGAGCGGGGGCAGCCCGUGGAAAUGACGCGGGGCGAACCCGUGGGGCGGCGCGGCCCGUCGCUGAUGGGCGCACAGGCCGACGCGACGCCCCGCCUCUCCGGCCUGCACAUGACCGAGCGGCGGGCGAGCGCCCCCCUGAUAUAGGGCGCG